AUUCAUCGUUCGAGUCUCAUGGUGUAAGGUUGAAUUGUUAAAAAAUUCAGUGAAAUUAAACGAAAAAUUGGACGUAGUUCCACUCAAAAAGGAAUGAAAACUGAUUGAACGAAAUGGAUCGCGCACGAGGAAGAUUUUCAAGAGACUAUUCGAAUUCGCCCCGCAGCGAAGGCAGCGGUCACAGCAACAGUCCUCGCGAUCGUGGAUACGGAUAUGGAGCAAGUGGCGGUUCUCGCGAUCGUUCCGAAUCAUCAAGUCGCGGAUAUGGAAACAACGGCGGCGGCGGUGGAGGUCGUCCUUCGCAAAAUCCCUAUCCCGGAAGUAGUCGAGAUGGCGGCGAUCGUCCCAAACGUUCGCGCGAAUCGCCAGAAAAGUCUGGGAAUCUCGGCGCUGCGAAGAGAGUUCGGUCCGACGCCAAAUUCGGCAGUGCCAAUAAACGUACGCCACGCUACGAUUUAGACGUUACCCUGCCCGAAGGAUGCCAAAAGACGGCACACAACAGCGAACAAGCGUCGGGACAAGACAUUGUCCGUUUGAGAGCGAAUUAUUUUAAAUUGUCGAACAAGCCGCAUUUCGUUGUUUAUCAGUAUCACGUCGAUAUUCAGCCAGAAAUUGACAGCACGGUGCAGAAAAAGGGAAUUUUUUACGAUGUGACUCGCGAUAUUCCCGGCGGAAAGAUUUUCGAUGGUAAUGCCUUGUAUUUGACGCAAAAGCUACCGGAACCAGUUGUUAUCUUGCAAGGAACUCGUCGUCCGCCGCCACGUAGACCAGGAGAUGCGCCGCCACCCGAAGGCACCGAACCCGUAGGACCAACUGCGAUAACGUUGACCCUCAAAUUCGUGCGGGAAGUAAAUUCUUUCCAAGAUUUGCCGCUUUUUCAGCUCUUGAAUACAGUUUUGCGGCAAGUUUUGCACGGUUUGAACUUGCAAUUGGUGGGACGCAACUUUUUUGAUCCCGUUGCCAAGACUGCCAUUCGUGAGUUGCGCGUUGAAGUCUGGCCCGGGUACAUAACGUCGAUCCGACAACAUGACAGCAGUAUCUUAUUGUGCUGCGAUACAACCAGCAAAAUUAUGCGGAAUGAAAAUUUGUAUGUCAUGUUGCAGGAUGCAUCUCGUCACGAGGAUUACAAGGCGGAAUUUGCUAGAAAGAUUAUUGGAACGACAGUGCUCACGGAUUACAACAACAAAACUUAUCGGAUUCAUGAUAUUGAUUGGGACCAAACGCCCGCCAGUACUUUUGAGACGAAAAAUGGACCAAAGUCGUACAUUGCUUACUAUCGUGAGCGCUACCACAUCAACAUUCGCGACCAUCGCCAACCCCUUCUCUUAUCCCAAUCGAAAGAACGUCAAAAGCGCAGCGGCGAACGCGAAUUGAUCGCUUUGAUCCCGGAAUUGUGUCGUGCCACUGGCAUCACCGAAGAUAUGCGCAGCAACUUCCAAACCAUGCGUCAAUUGGGCGACGUCACCCGCUUAGAUCCCAACAAACGCAUCGAACGACUUCAGCAGUUCAGUCGUCGCAUUCGUGACAGCGAAGAAUCUCGCAACGCCUUACAAAAACUCGACAUGAAAAUUGAUCGUGAUCUUAUCAGCUUGGAGGGACGCAUCAUUAAGAAACCCGACAUUUACUUUGAUCGCAACGGCAAAACUCGCAUUGACCGCGACUUCGGCAACAAUCUGCGGAACAAUUUAUUCCGACCUGGUGCCUUGCAAAAUUGGUUUGUGAUCAUCACGGACAACAGAAAUGGUCAUCAAGCCAAGAAAUUUGUGUCAGAUGUUCAACGUUCGGUUCGUUUCCCGAUAGCAGAGCCACGAUAUGUCACCUUGCAUCGCGAUUCGCAAGACGAAUUGAGUCGCGAAAUUGAAAAAAUCUACCGAGCUGAUCCACAAUUGAUUUUAAUUGUCGUGCCAAACAACCAAGCUCAUCGUUACCAGUUGAUUAAAAAGAAAUGCUGUAUUGAUCGUGCCAUUCCGACGCAAGUUGUCGUCGCCAAGACUAUUUCGCGACAAAAUGUCAUGUCAAUCGCCACCAAAGUCGCUGUUCAAAUGAGUUGCAAGCUGGGCGGAGCUCCAUGGGGUAUCAAAGUGCCAAUGUCGGGAUGUCUCAUCAUCGGUUAUGACGUCUCGUACGACACUGUAAACAAAAAUCGCACCUUCGGAUCACUCGUGGCUGCACUCGAUCAAUACCAAAGUGUUUUCUAUAGCGUCGCCAGCGAACACGACGAAAACGAACAACUUUCUCGCACUUUUACCUUGAACGUCAUGGAAGCCAUCAAACAAUUUACGCAGUACAACGGCUCAAAACCCUCGAAAAUCAUCAUUUACCGCGAUGGCGUGGGCGACGGACAAAUUCGUCACGUUCUGGAUCACGAAAAACGUCCGAUGGAAGAAAAACUCCAAGAAUUGGGCGACGAAAUCCGUUUUGUCUUCAUCAUCGUGAACAAAAAGACAAAUACUCGCUUCUUUGCGGAAGACAAUCGCGGUUAUCGCAAUCCCGUAGCAGGCACCGUCAUCGAUACGCAAAUUACUCUGCCCGAACGUUACGAUUUUUAUUUGGUUCCCACGAGCGUUCGUCAAGGCACGGUGUCGCCCACUUAUUUUAACGUGAUUGCCGAUACGCUCGGACUUCCGGUUGCCAAAUUGCAAAUGUUGACAUAUUUCCUGUGCUUCGGGUACUACAAUUGGACGGAUGCUAUUGCGGUGCCAGCUGUAUGCAAAUACGCCUCAAAACUCGCAUUCCUUUGCUCAUCGCACUUGCAUAAUGCUCCAAACGUUUUCCAGAAUCAGAAAUUAUAUUUUCUGUAAAAAUGACAAAUUGCACGUCCUUUUUAGAUUUAAAGACUUUUUUUUUACUUGGACAUAAUGUAAAAUUACUGCGCUAGAUAAUAUUUUUGUAAAAUAUAACGAAAGAAGUUAUAAAUAAACUAUAUUUUCAUGCAAAAAUC